ACCGGGGAGUCACCGGCAGUCCAAGCGGGCGUGAAAAAUGGCUCCUCAAAGCCGGAUUGCUUUGCUUUGCUCCUUGCUCUGUAGUGUUGCAUUCCUCUGGUGUGGAGCGGAAGGACAGAGUGGUGCUGAGCCAGAAGUGACUCUUGCGCUCGGACGGCUCAAAGGGAAGCAAACAAAUGUGAAGGGGACAGACAAACUUGUAAAUGCAUUCCUUGGAAUUCCUUUUGCAAAAGCCCCCGUUGGAGCCUUGAGGUUUUCCCCACCUGAACCACCUGAGCCCUGGAAUGGUGUGAGAGAUGCCACGUCUUACCCACCCCUGUGUCCUCAAGAUCUGUCCUUGUUGAAAAUAGCUGAAAGAAACUUCAAAGAAAAACACAUUUCCUUCCGAACUUCUGAGGACUGUUUGUAUCUCAGUGUUUACAGCCCUGCUGGUUCCAGCAAGAAGGACAAGUUACCUGUAAUGGUGUGGAUCCAUGGAGGCAAUUUUAUAUUUGGUGGUGCAUCUAGGUAUGAUGGUUCAGCACUGUCAGCCUACGAGAAUGUUGUGGUAGUAAUAAUUCAGUACAGACUUGGACUCCUUGGAUACUUCAAUACUGGGGAUGAACAC